AUGGAUGUGGACUCACAGCAGAUAUCUGGAAAGAUAAGUAUCUCUAAAAGAUCCAUUCUUUCAGAAACAAAGGCUGUUGAAAAUAGAGAUUACCCACACUACUGUAAUCUCUUAAGAAAGAUAAAUAUGCCCUUUGUAAAAGGAAUUGAAGACAGACACAACUAUAGCAGAAUUGAAAAGAGACAUAACACUCCUUUUCUUAAAUUUCACGCUUAUCCCCCAUCAGGUCUGCCAGACUACCAUUUACACUAUCCUUAUCCCCCACCAUCUGGGCCAGAAUAUCCUUUGGCUCCUCUUAGAGAUGAUGUGCCCUUAGGUGAUACUUGUUCUGGAUUUUUGAGUCCUGGUGGUGAUGCUGAUUUGAACCCUGGCAUUGGCAGAAGAAUACCAACUUUGGUCGAUUUCAGUGAUGUUAAACCUCAACACCGAGUUCCCAGACCAGACAUGGGAUUUCAAGCAACCAUUAAAAGACAAACUAUUUUAUUCGAAGAAUUGAAACAGGACAAGAAAUGGAACUCCAGGGUAAUACCAGACAUUUCCAUCAGAGCAAAACUUGGAGGUUGGACAAGUCCAAUAAAAGUCAUACCUUUACAACCUCGCAGUAAAGGAUACUCAAUAAACCACACAUUUUCAUUCAGUGAGGAAUCAACAAAUACAGAUAAUCAAAAGCCACAUACACCGCCAAUAAAGAAAUAUAGUGUAAAAGACUCAUUUUAUAAAUCCUCUACACAGAAAGCUUAUGAAGAUGUUCCUUGGGACAAAAUACUAGCACCAAAACUUGAUCCAGAAGAAACAACAUUGGAAAUGGUUGCAGACAUUUUCUCACAAAAAAAAUAUGAAGAGGUGCCAGAAAUAACGCAGAUGCUUGGUGGAGUCUGGGACAGAUUUCAGACAAGAUCUUUCCUGGUACCUGUCAGACCCAUUAAUUUUGUGAGUAGAAGUUCCAGAAGCAAGUAUAUUCCUCUCUAUACAGGCCAUGUGCAAUCUACAAACAUCGAUGACAUUGACAACCCCUGUGGUGAUAACAGAUCCCUGGCUAAACCUCGAGUCUCCAAAAUUCUUCAUACAAACACAAGUCGAACUGCAAAUAUUCCAGGAUACACUGGUAAUGUUCAUUUCACAGCCACCCACCCAGCAAAUUCUAAUAUUCCACCAACAACUCCAUCACCAGAUUCAGAAGUAUACCGCUUCUUACAGAAAGAAAUCAAAGUUGACCUCUUCCGUCGCCGGGCACCACUGUCUAAAAUGGUCACGACUAUAAAACCAUACAACUCCUUCAAUAAGAAGCAGAAAGAAACUUUAGAAUGCUGA